ACCCAGCCCCCAAAACAAGAACCAGGGUUGAGUUCUGAUGUUAUGAAAACUCCUCAAUGAAAUGUUGAGUAACUGUCUGCUUGUUCAGCGUUACAUAAGACCAUGUGGAGAAGCUAGCCUCAGCUGCUGGACCAGGUGCCCCCAUAAGAAUCCAGGAAGUGAUUUGGACUGAGAAAAGCCUCCAGACAGCAUGGCCAAGCGGAGACAGUGUGCAGAGACGAAGGCGAAUACAAAGAAGCCAAAGCAGCUGCUAAGUGCUGAAAGCAGAGGAUCAAAGACGAGAAGCAAGCAGAAAGAUCCAGAAAGCGAAUCUGCAGAAAAAGAGGAGAAGCUUGAGAGGAAAGUUAAACCUAAAUCACGUUUGUCCUCAAAACGUUCAGCCGGGAAAAAGUCAUCUUCCACCACCGAUGCCAGCGCUGAUGGCAAAACCAGUAAGUACUUCCAGUCUCCGCUCAAGGAGGAGGUUAACAGUGAAGAUGACUUUGACAUGGACACCACUGCACCACCUGUAGCUAAGGUUAAGGAGAGCAUCAAGAAGCCAGAGGAAGAAGAAAAACAGGAAGAGGAUGAUGAUGAUAGCGAGGAUGAAGAUGAUUGGGAGGAAGUGGAAGAGCUGGAUGAGCCGCUGGGUCCAGUUGAACCACCAGAGCCCAUCCUGCCUUCUCAGCCCGUAGAGAUCGAGAUUGAAACCGCAGAAGUCAGGAAGCAGAAGAAGAGGAAGGCAGAGUUUGAGACGUACCUCAGACGAAUGAUGAAGAGGUAUAAGAAGGACCUGCUGAUAGACACACACAAGGUCCACCUCCUGUGCCUUUUAGCCAACGGGAUGUUCCGCAACAGGCUGUGCAGCGAGCCGGACCUGCUGGCUGUGGCGCUCUCUCUGCUGCCCCCACAUUUCUGUAAAGUGGCCAAAGAACGUAUCGACCACAACUACCUCUCUGGGCUCCUCAAAUGGUUUAGAGCGACAUUCACCCUCAACCCCAGUCUUCCCACAGAGGAGUGUCCAGACCCUCAGGCCCUACUGGAGAGGCGACUGGGAAGCCUCUCAGCCAGAGACCACCAGGAGAUGACUCAUCUUUUCCUGCUGUUCCUAAGGUCUCUGCAGCUCUUCUGCCGACUGGUUCUCUCUUUGCACCCAGUUCCUUUCAAGCCUCCACCUGCAAAGUCCAAAGGGACUAGAGCGUCGAAUAGUGCCCCUGAAAGAUGCCAGACAAGCCAGGAAAGCUCCAAGACAAACUCUCCUGAGACGAAGGUCUCCCCUGGAACCAAGAGACCGGCUGGAGGUGGGAAGGUCAAAGGAAGCAGCGGAGGCAAGAAAGCAAAGAGGACAGAAAUGAAGCAGGAGGAAGAGGAGAGGCCUGUGUUAUCUGGAGGGCAGAGACCGAAAAAUUCAAAACGCCGCAGCAUUGCUUCAAAGGUCAGCUACAAAGAGGAGAGCAACAGCGAGGGGGGUGAGGAAGAGGAGAUCAGUGAUGCUGAGGAAUUUCAGGAAACCAGCGAGGAUGACAGCGAAGAUUUUGAAACAACGUUUAGACCUGCUAAAAGAAAAACAGGCAAUGGAAAGAGCGCCACUAAGAAAACAAAAACCCCAAAGAGAAAUAGCAGCGGUGGGAAACGGCAGGUGAAAGAGGAGGACAGUGAGCUGGAGGACGGGGAAGAGGAAAAUGAAGACGAUGGCGCGAAGAGCGACAGAAGAAAAAGACGGAGCGGGCAGAAGAAAGAAGGACCGGGAGCAGAUGAGUGGUUAGAGGUUUACCUGGACAAGACAUCUUCAUGGGUUUGUGUGGAUGUGGAACACGGAGUCGGUGCGCCUCAGCUCUGCUCCCAAAAUGCCACCGCGCCACUGACCUACGUGGUGGCGGUGGACGGGGACGGCCGUUUAAAAGACCUGGGAAGGAAGUACGACCCCACCUGGAUGACGACGUCCCGGAAAAGGCGGGUGGACGACGAAUGGUGGGAGGAAACGCUGGAGCCGUUCAUGGGACCAGAGGAUGAGAGGGACAAGAAGGAGGAGAAGGAGCUCCAGAAGAAGCUGCUGAACAAACCCCUGCCAAUCUCCAUAGCAGAGUAUAAGAACCACCCUCUGUAUGCCCUAAAGAGACACCUGCUGAAGUAUGAAGCCCUCUAUCCUCCAACAGCCAGUGUUCUGGGUUACUGCAGAGGAGAGCCAGUUUACUCCAGAGACUGUGUGCACACCCUCCACUCCAGAGAAACAUGGCUGAAGGAAGCUAGAACUGUUCGACUCGGAGAGGAGCCGUAUAAGAUGGUGAAGGGCUUCUCGAACCGUUCCAGAAAGGCCAGGAUGAUGUCUGAGAUGAAGGAUGAGAACGACCUCCCUCUGUUUGGAGAAUGGCAGACUGAAGAAUACCAGCCGCCCAUAGCUGUGGAUGGGAAGGUCCCUCGUAAUGAUUACGGUAACGUAUACCUCUUUAAAGCCUGCAUGAUCCCAGUGGGCUGCGUUCACCUCAGGCUACCCAACCUGCACCGCGUGGCCAGGAAGUUGAACCUGGAUGCCGCCCCCGCUGUCACAGGCUUCGACUACCAUGGAGGAUACUCCCACGCUGUGACUGAUGGUUACAUUGUGUGCGAAGAGGAUGAGGAGGUUCUCCGAGCCGCCUGGGUGGAAGAGCAGGAGAUCCAGAGACAGAAAGAAAAAGAGAAAAAAGAAAAGAGAGCGAUCGCCAGUUGGACCCUCCUAGUGAAGGGUCUCCUGAUCAGAGAGAGGCUCAAGCGGCGCUACAACCAGAAGAACCAGGGCCUGGGGAGCCUUGGUGCUGAAGGGGACGCCGAAGGCUUCUCCUCUGAUGAGGAGGGCGUUGAAGUGGAACCCUCUGGAGGUAAAACAGCCACUGAGGCUCUGGCGUUGUCCUGGCCCCAAAACAGACAAGCAGAGGAGGACGGAAGUUCAGGAAAACCAAAGAGGAGGACGACGAAGCGAGAGAAGAAGGGCCAAGACAAACAUUUAUUUCCCUUUGAGAAAGUUUAAUAAUAGAAACCAACUGUUUUUCCAUAUAUAGGAAACAAAACUGGAAUUCAAGUUUGCCGUCAACAAAGCACUAAACUGAACAUUUUUACGAUCGUCAACAAAAUCUAAAGUUUCUCAGGAGCAGAUGCCACAAAUUUAAAAUGAUUUUUAGAAAGACUGAACGGAAAGAGGAGGCAAGAAAAGAGGAAGGUGGCUUUCAGCUGUGAGGCUGUUUGUACUUAUCUGUUCAUUUUACAGUAAUCUUGUGUUUAAAGCCAGCAGAAAUGAUCUCAUAAAAAAAAAAAAGAUUGGAAUUUGAUAGGAAUGUUGGAAAGAAAACA